AUGCCACCACCUUAUUCUGCAAAUCAGUCCGACAAUGAGCCAUCUCCCAGCAAGAACGCUUUUGCCUCCAUACCGCCGCAGUACCAGCCGUAUGGUCAACCUGGUGUGGGAUACGGCCAAGGCCCAAUCAUGGCACAACCAGGGCAGAUGAUCUUGAUUGCACAACCCGUCCAUGAACCGGAUUGCAUGGGCUACUCCAUCUUCACCAUGCUUUGCUGUUGCUUGCCCUUGGGGAUUGCCGCCUUGGUCUUCUCUUGCCAGACCCAAGAAGCCAAUAGGACUGGAAACCUCGAGGCUGCAAAGAGGAACUCCAGAAUGGCACGCAUCCUGGCCCACAGCGCACUUGGGCUGGGGCUUGUGAUCAUGAUUAUCUGGAUCGCUUUAGUGGCAACAACUCUACAAACUGGCAGGCACAUUGAUUUAAACUAAGCAUUACUUGGGGCAGGAGAAACCUGGCCCAUUUGAUGGCUGGAAAGAAUCUGCAUUAUUUGCUGGGUUUCCAAGAUAUCUGCUGAUCUAAUCUAGUACUGCCAGUGGCAGCUCCUUAAGAACAUAAGAACAGCCCUUCUGGAUCAGGCCCAAGGCAUUUUUAGUCCAGCAUCGUGUUUCACACAGUAGACCACCAGAUGCCUCUGAGAAGCCCACAGGCAAGAGGUGAAGGCAUGCCUUCUCUCCUGCUGUUACUCCACUCCAGCUGGUAUUUAGCAGCAUCUUGCUUCUGAGGCUGGAGGUGGCCUACAGCCACCAGACUAGUAGCCAUUGAUAGACCUGUCCUCGGUGACUUCCAUUUGAAAUCAUGAAAUGGACUAAUAAAUCACAGGAGCCUUCAGCAGUCUUCACCUCUGCAGUUCCUGACCAGGUGAACCUCUCCUUUCUGCCCAGCUCUCCUUCCUCGGGCCAUCUCCUUUUCCUUUCAAUUAGUGAUAUAACAAGAGUUUUAUCAUAACUCAGCUGUGGA